GACGAGUUGACGACAACACGCCAUUUUGGAAAGGAACGCGACCUAUCGUUGUGAUCUUUCUCGACACAAAACCAUCCCAAUCACCCAAAGCAACUUCAUUCAACCUUCAUAUCUGUCCACGGAAACAACAACAAGAAAAAAGCACCAUGCCUCCUCCCAGGCGCGGCGCGGAUUUGACCCUCUGGGACUGCUUCCAAAUCGCCGAUCAACAUCGCGUCGGCCCCUUCGCGCACCAAUACUACUCGCCCAACUAUGUGGAAGAAUACGACUGGAACCAAUUCGAUCCCGACUACUUUUCCGGCCCUGAGUUCCAGUCGCUCCCCCUUGAGGAGCAGUUUUGUCAUUUUCCCAAGGGCAUUGUGGAAAAUGUGGACAACUACCUCGACGGCAGAGCCUUGAAUAAAAUGCUGGCUUACAUGGGCGAGUCCAGGGGCGACAGAUACGUGAGCUGGCUGGUUGAUCAUCAGCGCGAGGCAUGGCGCAUUGCGAAGCGGUUUAAUCUGAGACUAGAAUCAAGGAGGUCACAGUUAGAGAGGGAGUUGGGGGAGGAGGAAGUGGAAAGGAUAAGGGGGGCGAUGCAGGCGGAAAAGGAGAGGAAGAAAGCAGUGGCGAGAGAGAGGAGAGAGAGGAAACUCAGGGAACGACAGAGAGAAUUAACAAAGCAGCGGGCGGAUGAACAGCAAAAAAAGCUACGAGAGGAGGAGGAGGAGAGGAAGAGGAGGAUUGCGAAGGAAGAAGACAUACGGAAACAAGUCGAGGAUGAAGAAGUGAGAGUUCGCCAGGAGCUGGUUGCAGACUUAAACAGCGGGGCUUUAAUCUUGAGGCAACAAAUUGCAAGAUUCUCGGCCAGCGACGAGUCUGUGACUAUUGGGGAUUGUGAGGGACUCACCGCCCAAAUUGGGCGGUUCAUCCGGCUCUUUACGCGGCGUCUAAAAGCGCACGCUGAGUCGCAGGUGGGGGAGGUCGACUGGAGGGUGGUACGGGCAGCUGUCGAUGGUGUUAUCAGCGUGCUCGAGCUAAUCUACUUUGAAGAUGUCACGGACAUCCAAAGAAACUCACACGUGGACUGGAAGGAUCCAAAUGUCUUGUUCCACGUCAUGAUGAGCGGUGUUAAGGAAGGAUGGGCUUCUUUAUUGCGCAGUUUGUGUGAGAUCAGAGUCAAUCUCACGGUGCAUUGGGUCCGCCCGGGAGAUGACAUUUACGAGAGGUUGCGAGCGGUGCUUGUGAACAUGGCUAGGCAUGGAAUGAGUGACGCGUGGGAGUUGGCAAAUGAACUUGAUAUCUGAGUGCGACUUUAGAGAAGUGGAUGUGGAUGAAUUCCUGCUUGUAACCCUCACAAAGGGAACCUAACUUUUUGUUCUGUCUUUACACUCAAAAUUCGUAUACUGUUUCCAUG